AUGGCAGCGCGGUCCCGGAGACCCUGGCUGAGCGUGGUGCUGGGGCUGGUGCUGGGCUUCACCGCCGCCUCCUGGCUCAUCGCCCCCAAAGUGGCCGAGCUGAGCGAGAAGAAGAGGCGCGGCGCCAGCCUCUGCUCCUACUACGGCCGCUCGGCGGGGCCGGGGGCGGCCGGGGGCGCGGCGGCGCCGGGCGGGAAGCAGGCGCCGCCGGAGGCAGCGGCGGUGCUGGGCGGCACGAGUUUCAGGAGCAGCCCCUGGGAACUGCCGCCGGCGGCGGAGGAGGGCACGGUCUCCAGCCCCGCCGCCGGCGGAGAAGGGGAGCCGGAGGAGGAGGAGGAAGGCGGCGAGAAGCGGAGCGGCCGGCCCGGCGGCAGCCACAACGGGAGCGGGGACUGGGGGGGCGCCCCGGGCUGCGCCAAGCCCCGCAACUUCCUCUACGUGGGGGUGAUGACGGCCCAGAAGUACCUGGGCAGCCGGGCGGUGGCGGCGCAGCGGACGUGGGCGCCCUCGGUGCCGGGCCGCGUGGAGUUCUUCUCCAGCCAGGGCUCCGCCGCGCCCCCCGGGCUGCCCCUGCUGCCCGUCGUCGCCCUGCCCGGCGUGGACGACUCCUACCCGCCGCAGAAGAAGUCCUUCAUGAUGAUCAAGUACAUGCACGACCACUACCUGGACAAGUACGAGUGGUUCAUGCGGGCGGACGACGACGUCUACAUUAAAGGUGAAAAAUUGGAGGAGUUUCUUCGCUCACUGAACAGCAGUAAACCUCUGUAUUUGGGACAGACUGGUCUGGGUAAUAUUGAAGAACUCGGAAAACUCGGGCUGGAGCCUGGAGAGAAUUUCUGCAUGGGCGGGCCGGGAAUGAUCUUCAGCCGGGAGGUUCUCAGGAGGAUGGUGCCACACAUAGGCGAAUGCCUUCGAGAAAUGUACACCACUCAUGAGGAUGUGGAGGUGGGCAGGUGUGUCCGAAGGUUCGGAGGAACUCAAUGUGUUUGGUCAUAUGAGAUGCAGCAAUUGUUCCAUGAAAACUAUGAACACAACCGUAAGGGUUACAUUCAAGAUCUUCACAACAGCAAGAUUCACACAGCCAUAACACUUCAUCCAAACAAAAGACCAGCCUACCAAUACAGGCUGCACAAUUACAUACUGAGUCGCAAAAUUUCCGAACUGCGCUAUCGGACCAUCCAGCUCCAUAGAGAAAGUGCCCUGAUGAGCAAGCUCAGUAACAGUGAAGUAAAUAAGGAAGAUCAGCAACUGGGAGUGCUGCCAUCUUUCAAUCAUUUCCAGCCACGUGAAAGGGAUGAAGUCAUCGAGUGGGAGUUCCUGACAGGAAAAUUUCUUUACUCGAUGGUGGAGAACCAGCCACCCCGGCAGAGCCUUAGCAGUGUCCUGCGGGCUGCACUGGAUGACACCGUUAUGCAAGUCAUGGAAAUGAUAAAUGAGAACUCUAGAUCUAGAGGAAGGCUCAUUGAUUUCAAGGAAAUACAGUAUGGCUACCGCAGGGUGGACCCUCUGCAUGGAGUGGAGUACAUCCUGGAUUUACUGCUUUUGUACAAAAGGCACAAAGGAAGGAAAGUUACGGUUCCGGUGAGACGCCAUGCUUACCUUCAGCAAUUGUUUAGCAAACCUUUCUUCAAAGAAGCAGAGGAGCUGGAUGUAAGAAGCCUGCUGGAGGAUACCAACACUGACACUCAAUCUUUCUCUUUUCUUUCAAAUUCUUUAAAGAUUUUUUCCUCAUCAUUCCAAGGCACCAAAGACAUUGGAGGACGCAGUGACAAGAAAAUACAUAUUCUUGUCCCUCUCACAGGAAGAUUUGACAUUUUCUCAAGAUUUAUGGAUAACUUUGAGAAGACUUGUCUGAUUCCCAGGCAGAAUGUAAAGUUGGCAAUAAUUCUCUUCAGUUCCGAGUCUGGCCAAGACUCCAGCAAACACAUAGAGCUGAUGAAAGAAUACAGCAUUAAGUAUCCUAAGGCAGAUAUGACCCUGAUUCCGAUGGCAGGAAAGUUUUCUAGAGGUUUAGGUCUUGAAAUGGCCUCAUCUCGAUUUGACAAUGGUACUUUGCUGCUGUUCUGUGAUGUUGAUCUGGUAUUCACACCAGACUUCCUCCAGCGAUGCAGAGAUAACACUAUUCAGGGAGAACAGGUUUACUACCCUAUCAUCUUUAGCCAAUAUGAUCCGAAAGUAAUAUAUGGAGGCAGCCCUCCAGCUGACAGUAGUUUUGUUUUCACAAAAAGAACUGGAUUUUGGAGGGAGUAUGGAUUUGGAAUUACCUGUAUUUACAAAAGUGAUCUACUUACUGCUGGUGGAUUUGAUACCUCAAUUCAAGGCUGGGGACUUGAGGAUGUAGACCUCUUUACUAAAGUGAUAACGUCUGGCUUGAAGGCUUUCAGAAGUCAAGAAGUAGGAGUCGUCCAUAUUUUUCAUCCAGUUCAGUGUGACCCCAAUUUAGAUCCGAAACAAUAUAAAAUGUGCUUAGGGUCCAAAGCAAGUACGUUUGCCUCUACCAUGCAGCUUGCUGAACUCUGGCUACAGAAACAUUUGAGUGUCAGGUACAAUCGAACUCUCUCCUGA